CUGUGGAUCUUCUCUUCCUCCUCACCUCCCUACUCUAGUAGCGGUGAUCUUUCCCCUUCUCUGGCAUCGACAGGCUUCCUCUUCCUCCGUUCUCUCCCAUCCCUCCUACCCUCUGUUUCCCCUUCAUUUUUCGGCUGGAGACUAAUCUGGAUUCGAUAGCAAAACCCUGAUCUGGUUCUACCCCUCUGCGUGGUAGAACUCCAUUUGCAUUGCUUCUGGGUCUUACAACUAAGAUUAGGAAGGAGCUCCGGAUCAUGGAGUAUAUUUUUGAAUAGUAAAAGAUAAAAAAAAAAAAAAAACCCUUACCCCAACAACACAGUAAAACACAGACAAACAAAACCUUAUUUUUUGCAGUCUGGUUUCUACAAAACACCGAGCUUCUUAAUUUUUCAGUAUUUAUUUCCUAUUCCCGCUCUGUCUGUGUUCGCACUUCGUACUCUGCAGAUUACUCAGACUCAACAGCGUAAAAUCUUCUCUUCCUUUUCCCUUUUCUUUUAAAGAGGCUGGAGCUGGAGAAGAAAAGGAAAAUAUAUGGAGGACGGCGUAGGAAAAGAUUUGGAAUGCCAGAAGAUUAUGGUUGCGAAGGCGAGUGACGGGCAUGAUUCUGAGAAGGCUAUUCCUUCUUGUUGCUUGAAGGCUAGGGCUUCAGUCCCUGAGGUUGACACAAAAUGCCAUUCUACUGUUGUUUCUGGGUGGUUCUCAGAAUCUCAGUCUCCUUAUACUGCUAGCAAAAAACUUUACUUCAACAAUCCUAUGCGGCCUGAUACUGCUAGCAAAAAACUUUACUUCAACAAUCCUAUGCGGCCUGGCGAAGCACAUUCUCUGAAAGUUGAAAACAUUUUAUUUAGGGGGAAGUCCAAGUACCGAGGGAUACUUGUUUUUGAGUCUUCCACCUAUGGGAAGGUGCUUGUUCUUAAUGGUAUAGUUCAGUUGACAGAGAAAGAUGAGUGUGCCAACCAGGAAAUGAUUGCUCAUCUUCCACUUUGUUCAAUUCCAUCUCCCAAAAAUAGUAGGCAAAACGCUGGGAAAAAAGAGGAGAAGCUUUAGGCAAAUCUAUGUUGCUCGCCGGUUAGAAGUGGGAGAUUCACUUGACAGACUUUGUAUAUUCCGAUUAUUUGUGAUUGCUGGGGUCAUCUUGUUAUUUUGAUUUGUUUUUACUUCAAUAUUUCUCCUAUGGUUGAGUAUUAAAGUCUGUUUAAUUCCCAGGGAGGAAAAAUGGAUGUUUAUAGAAUCAGGUAAGAGGAGGAGGAUGUGCUGGUUGUUGGCUUAUUUGUGACUUCUGUCUCUCUAUCUUUGGUCAAUUUGUGGUGUUGCAUUGUAGAAAUAUAUUAUGAAUAUUUCU